AUGUUGUCCGGCGGGACGGGGGCCGGCGGCGACGACGACGACGGCUGGCUGCGCACCGGGGGCGGCGGGGCCGACGCGGCCGAGAGCCGCAUCCGCGAUGUGCGGACUGUCGACGAAGCGGGGAACAUGGGCGAGCGGGACGACGAAGAGGACGAGAUUCCUGAUAUGGAGGAUGACGAUGACGAUGAGGAGGCGAUUAUUCGUGAACCGGCCGGGACGACUCAACCAACCCGCACGUACAACCUCUACAUCACAUACGCCAACUUCUACCGCACGCCGCGGCUGUACCUGUCCGGCUAUCUGUCCGCGUCGGAGCCGCUCCCGCCGCACCUGAUGAUGGAGGACAUUGUCGGCGACUACAAGGACAAGACGGUCACGCUGGAAGACUUCCCAUGGUUCGAGGGUAACGUCAAGAUGGCCACCGUGCAUCCGUGCCGGCAUGCGUCGGUGAUGAAGACGCUGCUGGACCGCGCCGACGCCGCGCUGAAGCUGCGCCGCGAGAAACUCAAACAGGCGCAGACCGACCCGUCCGCAGCCAAGGUGCCGUCAGCCAACGAGAGUGGACUGGAAGGUCUAGUUGAUGAUGUCAACCAGCUGUCGGUCAAGGAGCAGCCGCAGCAGCAGGAUAAAGCCGGCGGCGAGGAGUGGGAGGUUCUGCAGCACGACGAGGAAGAACAGGUUGCUAUCCGCGUGGAUCAGUAUCUGGUGGUGUUUCUAAAGUUCAUUGCCAGUGUGACCCCUGGGAUUGAGCAUGAUUUUACCAUGGGCGUAUGA